CCAUACAACUUCAGAGAGAAGGGUGAGAGAUCUUGAAGUCGUAAAAGCAGGAAUAUUUGGAGAUGGAAAGGAAUGUCUACAGAGCUCAUUGUUUAGUCUUAGCCUUUCCAGCACAAGGCCACAUUAAUCCCAUGAUGGCGUUCUCCAAGCGUUUGGAGCGCAAAGGAGUAAAAGUUACACUCGUUAUUACCAAAUCCAUCUCCAACCCCAUUCACAAAGAAUCCCUCACCUCCAUUACGCUCGAGACAAUCUCCGACGGCUAUGAUGAAGGCGGGAUAGCAAAAGCAGAGAGCAUCCACGCCUAUUUGGAGCGCUUCCGGCAAGUCGGGUCGCAAACUCUGGCUGAGCUCAUUGAGAAAGUUUCUAGCUCAGGUUGUCCUGUUAGUUGUGUUGUUUAUGAUCCUUUUGUGCCUUGGGCUCUAGAUGUUGCUAAGAAGUUUGGAUUACUUGGGGCUGCGCUUUUCACACAACCUUGUGUUGUUAAUAAUAUAUACUACCAUGUCCACAAAGGAGUGUUGAAAGUCCCUCUUUCAAAAACAGAAAUUUUGCUUCCUGGAUUGCCACCACUUGAAUCUCAAGAUAUGCCAUCCUUUAUUUAUGAUUCCGUAUCUUACCCGGCAGCCUUUGACAUGUUUGUGGGUCAAUUCACCAACCUUGAUCAAGCUGACUGGGUUUUUGUCAACACUUUUUAUGAAUUGGAGCAAAAGGUGGUGGAUUGGAUGGCAAAGAUAUGGCCGUUGAGAACAAUAGGACCAACUAUACCAUCAAUGUUCCUAGACAAGCGACUUGAAGAUGACAAAAACUAUGGUUUCGACAUCUUCAAACCAAACACUGAUGCUUGCAUGAAAUGGUUAAAUGGUCGACCGAAGGGGUCGGUUGUUUAUGUUUCCUUUGGGAGUAUGGUGGCUUUUGAAGUUGAACAAAUGGAAGAAAUAGCUUGGGGAUUGAGAAUGAGCAAUAGAUGCUUCUUGUGGGUUGUAAGGGAAUCAGAGGAGGUAAAGCUCCCCAAAAACUUCGUGGAGGAGACGUCCGAGAAGGGAUUGGUGGUUCGUUGGUGUCCUCAACUGGAGGUUUUGGCUCAUGAGGCAGUGGGAUGCUUUGUGACGCAUUGUGGGUGGAACUCUACUUUGGAGGCCCUUAGCUUCGGGGUACCGAUGGUCGGAGUCCCAUAUUGGUCCGACCAGAGCACAAAUGCAAAGUAUAUUAUGGAUGUUUGGAAGAUGGGGCUGAGAGCUCCAGUUGAUGAGAAAGGAAUAAUCCGGAGAAAAGCAGCAGAACAUUGCAUCAGAGAAAUAAUGGAGGGAGAAAGAGGGAAAGAGAUAAAGAAAAUUGCCUUCAAGUGGAGGAAGUUGGCCAAAGAGGCUGUUGACGAGGGUGGAAGUUCUGAUAAAAACAUUGAAGAAUUUGUAGCUAACUUGGUCCACUCUUAAUUCUUAGGCGGAAAUUAUUGUCUAUUUCCUAAUUAAGUUGCAGAUGUUUCUUCGUCGAUCUGUGUGGUUAUGUA